ACCGUUUUAAGCAUCCAGAGCUGUGUGUGUGUGCACACACUUUGGAUGUUGCUCUAGUGGUCUGCAACACCUCUGCAGCAAUCGGACGUCAGUAGAGGUUGACGUUCCUGCCCCAUCGCACCUUGCUGGUUGUUCCGUCACACACGCGCAAGGUGCACACGCCGCACGCACAGGUUAUUCAGGGGAGACGGAGCCGUCCCGCCAACCCUCGGUGUAGGGAAGGGUCUGAACAGUUUUGGUGCCUACUGCAACCACCGAAAAUAGAGCGUCUUUAAUGACGGAUCGCCGUGCGUCAGUCGUGCACGAUUUGCAGUGUUACCGGAAGAGAAGCGUGUCUAGGCCGUCCAGGUUGUGUUCUACCCUGCCCCUCGUAACAGAUACGCGAUCCGGCGGUUGCAGAGAGACCACCACCAACCAAGAGUGUGUUUUUGAGUGUGGUUGCAAAUCGAGCUCUCGUACCUACAGUGUGUGUUGUUGUGAAUGUGGAGAAGACACCAUUAGAAGAAGAAGCAGAAAAGCCACGAUAUCCACUUGCGUAUGCGCGUUGUGUGCUCGUCUGUGUAUGUGUGAUUGCAUCGAAUGAGUCAGCUACAACUGCGCCGGACUGACUGACUAACAACCCGGAGUGGAGAGGGGUUGGUUUGCCUGACUCUCUCUCGCGCUCCCGAGGUCUCUGCAGCUUUCGGAACUACAGAGUGUGCGGCGGGGCCUCCUCGGUGUGUAUGUGUGUAAGGCCCCAUACUACCAGCUGUACUGAUAAGAAAGUCAUUCGCGGCUCGUUUCACCUCGUUUCGGAACGGCGAAACCGGAGCGCGGCAGGCAGUUGUGUGAAUCGGUGCCGUUGUGUUCGGCUCGCUGUGUUGUUCGUUCGCUGCAGCUUUUUUCCGCCCCGUUCCGCGGCAGCACAUCCGGCAGCGACGACCUGCAGCAGCAGCAGCAGCAGCAGCAGCAGCGCUGAAAGCAGUUGAUUGGUAUCGUCUUCCAUCACCAAACGUGUCUGCAGUGUUGCAGUGUCUGUGUGUGUAGAGUGUGUGCCGUUUUUACUCCCCAAGUUUGGCCAUGAGUGCCUCGAAAGAGUUCGAACGGAACGAGGCGAUUCGCAAAAGCAUACGGUUGAAGGCGCCGGUCCGGAUGGAGGUGGCAGGCACUGGUGCAACGACGACCACCACGAGCACCACCUCGACGACCACCACAUCACCAGCACCACCGCCGAUCACAUCGCCCACCGGGACAAGGCGGCCAGUGUCGCUGAUGACCUCGCCGUUGCCGUCGCCCCGCCUGGCCACGCUCGGCGUACGGGAGCGCAACCUACGCAACGAGCUGGACAGCGGCCCAACGCAACGCACCUCGUACCUGCAGCGGCCUACGCCCGCGGCGAAACCGGCCACCGCCCGGGUCGACAUACGUGACGGAUACUCGCUGAAGCUGAGUGACAUUACGCGAGCUCCCGCUGCUGCUCCUGCCGAGCCUAAGAUGGCGACCAAUGGGGGAGUAGCUGCGGAGCAGCCGAACGCCGAAUCGGUCGAUGUCCACUCGCUCUCGGUGCUGCAAACGCUGGAGCGCCAGAUCAACACGAUGGAGUUCGACGAGCGGAUGAAGCAGCGGCGCGAUCUGCUGCUCCAACCGCCGGGCUCCCCGGGCUCCCCGAUCAUGAGCUCCGCCUCGAUGGCCCGCCGCAAGGACCAGCGGCCCGUGCACUACGGUGAGCUGCCGAGUCUGCUCAACACCGGCAUCAGCGAUGUGGCCACCGGCAACGGGUUCGGCUAUCUGGACCGGGAGGACAGCGGCGCCAACGACGACAGCGAUGACGAGCUGGCCCACGCGCGGCAGAAUGCAUUCAAGCGCGGGGAGGAAGGUCGCAGCUCGACCGGCGGUGCUACCGGGUACAGCAUGAAACCGAAAGCGACCCGCAUCAUCAACCGUACCGUGUCGGACACGAAGAACGCAGAGGCGGCUGUUAAAACGAUACGGCUGAAGAAGCUCGCCCCGAAGCCACCGGUCGCCGUGGUGGGGAUGAAGCCUUCGACAGCGGCACCACCGCCCGCCUCCUCCUCCACGGCUGCCGCCGACAAAGGAAAGGGAGGGUUGGGUUUGGUGGUUGGACGCGGUGGAACCAGCGGCGGCACUGCAGCAACGGUUGUUGGGUCAUCCAGUGCAACUGGCAGCACAUCGACGACCGCCUCCUCCUCCUCUGGAAGCGGUGGCACGACAGCUGGCAGCGGCGGAGGGGUCACGGGGUCCAAACCGGCGGCAAUCACGACGGAGAAGAAGAUUAGUGCCGAGGUGCUGAAACAGUUCGCGGCCGCGCAGACACAGAAAGUGCAGGGCUCCCCAAAUAUGCAAAUGCGCGGUACGCCCGCCCGGUGGCGAUCGGGCGAGGAGCACAUCGGCAAGUACAAGCUGCUGAAGACGAUCGGCAAGGGCAACUUUGCGAAGGUGAAACUGGCGAAGCACGUCCCCACCAACAAGGAGGUCGCCAUCAAGAUCAUCGAUAAGACGCAGCUGAAUCCUUCCUCACUGCAGAAGCUAUACCGCGAGGUGCGGAUAAUGAAAAUGCUCGAUCAUCCGAACAUCGUGAAGCUGUUUCAGGUGAUCGAAACGGAAAAGACGCUCUACCUGGUGAUGGAGUACGCGUCCGGUGGCGAAGUGUUCGACUAUCUCGUCGCCCACGGCAAGAUGAAGGAGAAGGAGGCUCGCGCCAAGUUCCGACAGAUCGUGUCCGCCGUACAGUACUGCCAUCAGAAGCGAAUUAUACACAGAGAUUUGAAGGCGGAAAACCUGCUGCUCGACAGCGAGAUGAACAUCAAGAUAGCGGACUUUGGCUUCUCGAACGAGUUCACGCCCGGCUCGAAGCUGGACACGUUCUGCGGUUCGCCACCGUACGCAGCGCCCGAGCUGUUCCAGGGCCGCAAGUACGACGGGCCGGAGGUGGACGUGUGGUCGCUCGGCGUCAUCCUCUACACCCUGGUCAGCGGUUCGCUGCCGUUCGACGGUGCCACGCUGAAGGAGCUGCGCGAGCGCGUCCUGCGGGGCAAGUACCGCAUUCCCUUCUACAUGUCGACCGACUGCGAGGUCCUGCUGAAGAAGUUCCUCGUCCUCAACCCAUCGAAGCGCGCCAACCUCGAAACGAUCAUGAAGGACAAAUGGAUGAACAUGGGCUACGAGGACGAUGAGCUGAAGCCGUACGUCGAACCGUUGCCCGAUCUGAAAGAUCAGAAACGGAUAGGUAAGACGGGCAACCAAGCCGUCUUCAAACCUCGCCUAAAAGCGUUAGUCGCGAUGGGCUACAAUAGGCAAGAUAUUGAAGAUUCAUUGGCAAACACCAUGUACGAUGACGUAUUCGCCACUUAUCUACUGCUCGGGAGAAAAAGCACCGACUCCGAGUCGGACGGGUCCCGGUCCGGAUCGUCCCUGUCGUUACGUAACAUUGCCGGCAACGAGGGUGCCGCAGCCGGUAACUCCCAGGUGCAAAGCCCAACGCAUCGCGGCGUGCAUCGAAGCAUAUCCGCGUCCAGCACCAAACCGAGCCGGCGAGCUUCCAGCGGUGGCGAAACUCUGCAAAUCUUCCAACGCUUCAUUACAGGCGUCGGUCCAACGACGGCCGUGGCCGCGGCCGCAGCUGCCGCCGCCGUCGGUGCCGGUGGUGGCGGCGUGGGCGGCGGCGGUGGUGGUGGCGCUGUUGUCGGCAGCAUGGCAGCGGCGGGCGGUGGCGCCGGAACUGGCACGGUGGUGGGUGGCGGUACCGGCGGCGGUACGGCCAACGUCACCGGGAACAGUGUGCUCGCCGGUGCGACCAACAACCACAGUUCGGGCACGGGCGGUAGUGGCGGCGGUGCAUCUGAAAGAACAUCGAUAAGCAGUAAUUUCAAGCGUCAAAAUACAAUCGACUCGGCGACGAUCAAGGAAAACACGGCACGACUGGCCGCACAGAACCAGCGACCGGCUUCGAGCAUAACUAAACCGAUUACCUCGGUAGACAACUCAUCGAUCUCCAGCCCGGCGAAAGCGCGUACUACCAGCAGCAGUACGAGUACCAAGUACGAUCCGAGCAACGGCUCCCGGACAGUAGGCCCCAGUGCCGGCCUAAUGCCUAGACGGUCCACGACGCUGUACGAGAAAACGUCGUCCACAGAAAAGACAAACUCCACCACGGAUCCAACUAGCAACAGUUUCGUCGCACCAAUACCCGAAUUCAACCGUGGCAACUCAGCAUCGGCAGCUACUAGUGGUGCGGGUAGUGGCGGUGGUGGUGGUGGUGGCGGGGUAGCCAACAGUGGCAGCGCUAACACCACCGGCACGGGAACGACCGGGGUCACGACCGGUAGCACCGCGGGCGGUGGCGGCGGCGGCGGCGGCGGCACCACCACCACUGGCACUAUGGGCGGCAGCGGUAGUGUUAGUGUUGGCGGUGCCGGUAGCGUUACCGGUGGUGGCAACGGUGGUAGUAACAUUGGAGGAGGCGGCGGCGGCGGCGGUGGCGGCACCGGUAAGGGACAUGUCAAGAGUGCAUCCGUCUCCAGUCCCGGUCCGUCUGCCGACAGUACUACCAAUAGUGCCGCCACGAACGAUCCCCUCAGACAAAGCAUGGUGAAUCGCAAUAGUCUUACACCAGCCGUUAAUUCUUCCAGACAACCGGUUGCAUUUCCCAGGAAUGUUCCAUCGCGAUCGACUUUCCAUUCGGGACAAACCAGAGCCCGAAACAGCACGGUAUACGCCGGAACGGGCGGGAACGUCGGUGAUUCGCCACACUCUGGCAAGACUUUCUUGCAAAGACUUACUACCAGAUUUAGCAAACGGGACAAUUUGCGGCUGCCAUCCGAAAGGCCCAACGAUGGCCAAGCAAAUACUUCAACAAGUACAGCUAGUACGAACACGGAGGAACCGGUAAAGCCACGUGUACUGCGCUUCACCUGGUCGAUGAAGACAACCUCCCCCCGGCUGCCGGACGAAAUCAUGGCCGAAAUCCGGUCCGUGCUGGACAAGAACAAUUGUGAUUAUGAGCAGCGAGAACGAUUCGUGCUGCUGUGCGUACACGGCGACCCGAACACCGACUCGCUAGUGCAGUGGGAAAUUGAGGUCUGCAAGCUGCCCCGGCUAUCGCUGAAUGGUGUCCGGUUUAAGAGAAUAUCGGGCACCAGCAUCGGCUUCAAGAACAUUGCGUCGAAGAUCGCGUACGAUCUACGUCUGUGACUCGAUACAAAAUCGGAAGAGUAUCACUCGGUCGGGAGCGAUACGACCCAGGACGAUGGCGACGACGGUGGCGACGACGACGAUGGGACAGCUAGCGGUGGUGGUGGUGGUCUAACGGAAGCGGAAUCAGAAUCGGAACAGAAGCGCAGCAAUCAUCAUCAUCAUGCACGGAAAGAGGGGGGUAACGGCGGGGACGGCAGCGUGGAACCGGUGGACCCGUUCGUCCCGGGCGGCAGUGUCCGGAUGCGGUCGAAAACACCCUCGGCGGCAGGUGCCACCGGCGGUGGCAGCAAACGCUGGUCGCUGGUCGUGGUCGAUGGGCGUUCGUCGUUGCGACGCAAGGAGAAGGAAAGGAUCAGCAGCCACCAUCAGCAGUCGCUACCGCGCCAGCGAAAGGAAAAGAUGAAAGAGGAAGACACUGGGCCUACGACGACGACGACGCCAUCCCGAACCGAGACUGUUGCUACUACUUCCGGUAAUGAAGGAGGAGGAGAGGGAGAAGGCAGUGGUGAUGGGGGUGGUGGUGGUGGUGGUGGUGGUGGCAGCACCGGCACCGGAUGUCAACCCGCCGGCUACAACAGCCUCUUCGCCUCGCUGCUGCGUACCACCACGCUGUGAGCUGUAAAGAGAAGCUGAAACAAACAAACGCAAAACAACCACCACCAACCUACUACUACUGACUGUUAGUUAAAUCAAUUAUAGUUGUACACACACACACAGACACCACUUCACACCGACCUAUCUUUAUAACCUAACCUACCUACCAACCUACCUGCUGUUGGCGUGUACUGAGUACUGUGUGUCGGCAAAGCGCGCAACGACGCAGCAGAGAAUCACUGUUGCGCAUACGCAUACCGCGCAUACCGCACUGUUACGCACCAGGAUAAGAAAAUGCGCGUAGCAGCGCAGAAGAGGGACGCACAGGAGGAAGCGGAAAUUGCUGCUGGAAAACAAAACGCCCGGAAAACAUAAAACAUAAAAUUGCCUUCAUCCUCAGAGGCGCCCAGAUGCGAAGGGACAACCUUUUUGAAGAGAUAGAGAGAGACACUCACCCCUAGAAAGGCAACUACAGGCCACAACUAUCCCCCUCCCCUCCCUUCGUAAAAGUAAUUCACAGAAUUUAAGCAUAGAAAAAGUGAAGCAGAAGAAACAUGUGAACAAACUGAUAGUAUUCGCUGAUAAAAUAUCGUCGUAAAUUGUUACAUGUAGUAGGGGGUGGGGUACAGUGAGAUAGAAGGAAGACAUUGACAUUGGAUCUUACUACUACCACCGUUGUGUCUGGAAGAAGAGGGGUAAAGGUGGCGCCACACUUACUGUGCGUGCUGCGCUAUUUUAUUCGCGCGACUGUGUGUAGGCAAGCGUGUUCCGCGGGGUGUAUUGUGACCCUCCCCCUCGGCCGAAAAGACCGUGACUGAUUUUACUAGCCGACACUAGAGAGACACACACACAGACAUACACACAAAACGGAGAAUAAGGGAAGCGAAACAAACGCGCCUGUGUGUGUGCAGUACUGUUUAAGCAAAUCUUCUAUAACCCGACUCCCCUUUCUCAGCAUUUUAUAUAUCACGUGCCCGUUUUUUCUCGCGCAUGGUCUUUAGUAAUUAUUGCACUGCGAUAAAGCAUAGAAGAAGCAAGAGAAGAAAAAAAACACAAAAAAGAGGAUAAAAAAGAAGCACAUUUACAACAAUCACACAUAAACACACACACACCUUCCCGUUGCCGUUGUUGUUGUUAUUGAUGUUGUGUCGGUUCUUAGCCGGUCGCGCUUCCUAUAUUACAGCAAUCCUAGUAGCCGUAGCAACAGCAGCAGCAACAGCUGUGUGUGUGCCUCUGCGAACAAGCAACCACGUGGGUGAUGCGCUGUACGCAAAAGGAGGGCGCGCGCGCACACACACGUGCGCAAUGUAAAGUGUUGUGGACAGACCGCUGCCUCAUCCUGAGGGCAUUCAUUUGUGCGGACACAACAUAAAGUAAAGCUGGGUGGUGGUACCGUCAUAUAAAUAUUUCCUGUUUUCGAUCGGUAGCGAAAUGAUAUGAAAUUAUUAAGCUGAUGUGGGGUGGGCUUUGGUGUGAGAGGUUGAGAGUGACACACAAUUGUAUAGAGAAACGUUUAAUCUCGUUGCCUCAUUGUGUUGUGUUUGUGUACACACCUUUUGAACACACGCAUCAUAAACACAUUAUCCUAUCCCCUUUGCAUUCGCUCCGGUGUCCGGUGUUUUUUUCCACUGUGCUGUGCGUCAUGUCAUUUUCUUCCGAUACAAUUCCAGUAGUAUAGGAAGGAAGAGAGGGAGGGAGAAACUGAAGAAGAAAAAAACUUAAAAAAUGGUUUCUAUACUGCUACUAUAGGCCAUUCAGCGCUUUUAGUACGUCCCCUGUGCUGUCACCUGAAGAAUGUAGACACGUACCCUCAAGGCUCUCGGCAUAAAGUACGCGCCGCACCACACGCUUUAUUCUCUCCACCAUCAUCCCGUUUUAUAUAUUGUGUAUAAGGACAGAAAACCCUACUCCACCCUCCCUUCCUCCCUCCCGCUAAUUAUACAUAAUAUUACUAUUAUGCAAUAUAAAGUAAUAGCCGUUCGAUCGUGUGUUUGUAAUAAGUGUGUGUGUGUGUGCGUGUGGUGUAGAAGCUUAAACGUCGAGACAACAAAAAAACCCCUCGAUCCCCCUGAUAUCGACGAUCGUUUAACAGUCGCGAAGAGGAAAGGGGGAAGAAGAAAAUGAACAAAGGUUUAAAAACAAAACAGUAAAUCCACUAAACGAAACGAUACGGGGUGUGCACAUCCCCCUUUUCCUUCGUAUGUUCCCGUUUUCUUAUCCGAUCUGCUAGAGAUGUGCUUGCUGCUACCUACAUUUUGAGUGUGUAAGUUCGAGCAGAUGAUCGCUCGAUAUCCUGAAAGUGCAACAAUUAUUUAUUACGUUCGGGACAGGUGAACUAAAGCUGACACAAAAACACGGACGAGAAAGGAUUACAAAAGUAGUAGUAGUAGUAGUAAAACAAAAAAGGGUAAAAUGCUGCUGCUGCGGCGCCGUGUCGUGUCCACGUUUUGAUUGCACAGGAAAGGGAGGAAUAGUGGGGAGGGAAGGAGAGAGAUGAAAACAAAACAAUGAACAAACGUUUGAAGAAAGUUGAAAAAAAGAGAAACAAACGUUAAAGUGGUGUGUGGAUGAAGUACUACGUAGUAGAUCGCCUGGUGUGGCACCCGAAAGGAGAGCCGCAAUGAUGGCGCAUUAUGAAAAGGCUAAUUAAAUAUUAUUUCUAUUACGCAGAGCCGAGCACGCAUCGAGCAUGUGUGUGUGUGUGGGUGAGUGAAUGUGUGGGCGCGCACCCCCACAUAAACAAACGAGAAAUUGAAAGAAAGUAUAUAUUGCUAGUUAUUUGUUAGAGUAAAUUGAAGAAAGAGAGAGAGAGAGAGAAAAAAACAAGUACAGAGCAAAAUGAAGAUGGAAAAGAAGAAAAAAGAAAAAAAGAACAGAAAAGAAAACUAAGAAAAGAGAAGAAAAGAGAAGAAGCAAAUACAAGAAGGGAAAACAAUGCUAAGAGGAGAAAGUCAGAAGCAGUAAGUAAUAUUAAUACACAACUAUCGAUAAGAGCAACUUUACGAGCAUUAGGAGAGAAAGAGGAAGGAGAAGCAGCAGCAACAGCAGCAGCAGCAGAGAAUAACCAAAAUUUACCGCAUACACACACACACACACACACACACACAUCCAUACAAUUGUAAACACACUAAAAAAAAAAUGUGCGUACACUCACAACACCUACAUACAUACCAUGCGAACGUAAAGAACAGAUCGAUAAGCAUACAAGCAUAUUGAAAGGAAGAUGAAAAAAAGUUCAUUCAUAACACAAACGCAAACCUUCACUAGUACGUGCUCUGAGUAUAUAAUGAUAAGUAGUUACAUCCCCGUUGUUACAAGUGUAUGUCAGAAGAAGCCAACAUAUACAGCAUGCAAGUGAAAGCAGCAGGUACACACAAGAAAUCAUACAAGAGAAGAAAAGGAGGUUUUGUUCUUCCCCAUUUAGCUAGAGCAAGGGGCGAAGUGAACAUGUGGUGAAACACCCCUAGUAAGAGAGGAGAGAGCGUGCGCGUUGGUAGUAGUAGUACAUCGUUACUAGGAGACGAUCGCGCAUCGCAUCACGAUCAUCAACCAUCAUUAUCGUCAUCGUACACACUCCGGCUGCAUCAAAGCAAGCGCGUAUAACACAAUACUGUCUCUCCCCCUCAUGUGUUUUGUCCCAUCAAGGAGAAAGAAAAAAAAGAAGAAGGUAAAGCAUCCUCUCACACACAA